CUGGACAGUAAGAGGAGGAGCUCAUGUAAAUUACUGCAUACAAAACUUUCUUUCUGCCUUUAAGAAGCAAUAUCCCUCUCCAGACUCGCUCAUGAAACUCAACAGCUUGGACAGAGCAAAGAUAAUAACAUGUCUCUCUUUACCCUAUACAGACAAUGCAUCAAAUGCAUGCCUAUCACUCUUAUGGACUCCAAUAUACAGGUUCAGACUGUUGGAUUGUAUGUGCUGAAAAGCAUUUUCCAAAGGGAACUUGGUGAAAGCGCAAACAUGGAAAAUAAUUCUUUCAUUCUCUUUUCUGCUGGAGAGCUCCUUGGAGAUAUUUUCUCUCUAAUUCACAAGAUCUCGGAGAAAAUUGCGACCCGAGAAUCACUUGUUAUUGCUGGUGAAUGAUUGAGACUUCUGGUUCUCCUGCAAACACUGUCACAAGCAAGUGAAUGUCAGAAAGAUGUCAUGAAUUUACUAUUGGAA